CGACACGGAGGCUUGAAGUGAACUUGAAAGUCAACCCUCGACUUAUUCAAAUCGAUUAUCUCAAUUUUUUGGCGGCUUGUUUCUCCUACGCAUAAUGGAGCACUGCCAGCAGAAAGUCCAGUCACUCCUCGAUCGCUUCGCUGCUGCCAAGAUAGACCUCGUGGAAUGGGACCAGAAUGCCCUACGUCGGUUAGGAUGUCCUCUCACCACUGGCCUGGAUUUGACCUUCCUGGUGCCAGAUCACCAGCUUCCUCUCGUUCGGACGAUCGCCUUAGAAGAGGGCUGCAAGCUAGCGGACGACCUCCAUGUAUCUCCUGGGUUGACCUGCGAGUACUCCGACUGUGCACUACGAUUCAUCAUAGGCGACCUGUCUAAAUCCCAGAGCCGUCAUAGCAGGCUGGUCGUACUGCCUACUUCGUGGGCCCAUGUCGAUCUAGACGAGUUGGAGCGCGACAGUAUUCCCAGUCUUCGACCUUCGUCGCCACCAACGCCAAUAUGGACCGUUCCUCUUGACGUUAUGAGCGCGGCUCUGGUGCGAAUCGCAUCAGAGACUACACGUCUCAGCCAAUUACGAAAACAGAUUAUUCGAGACUUGGCAGGCUUAAUGGCUUAUGCAUUGUUCGACUGCUCCUAUGAGGGUGAUUACGAGGAAAUCAUUCCCAAUGAUGUUCCCCUGUCAGAAAGUGAAAAGUCUGAGCUGGCGCAUGCACGCAAAGUCAUUGAUUCCUGGAGAAUGCGACCAGGAGAAGAAUGGAUCGCGAGUUCUUUGGCGGAUGUCGUGACAAAAGGGGUGCCAUAUAAGUCUCUCCGUGCCAAAGAAGACAGCCAGCCAGCUGCAAACGGAUGCGCGCAGUCGACUAUAACAUCAAAUGAAAAUGAAACAAGAGACUUUGACUGAA